AGCGUAUUUUGUGCUCAAGGUCGUGGUGACGUCUUAUUGGAAUGGAAAGGCCACUGCUUUCCCCAUUUAGCCCCAACUUACCUCAUUCCGCUAAAGAAAGAUGGAUCUGUAUUUAUCCUGCUUAUAUAAACAACCGCCGGACUAGAGCUCAGGGGAGGAAACUUUCAGUUGAACAGUGUGUAGACAAUCCCAAACACUCUGAAGUAACUAUGAUUUUGGGAAAACUGUCACUUGACCACUUGCUGGAAACCAAGGUUCAUCCAAGGGAAAGGGACGCAUUUGAACCCAUGAAUAAGUGGCGUGUUCGAGUACAUUUGAAGAACGAUGAUGGAACUCCUAUUAAUGAACAGUUUCCAAACCGCCAGGCUCUUCUUCUAUAUUUAGGGAAGGUUAUUCCUGUCAUUAGAUCGAAAAGACCACAAACAUCCGGUUCUAACACGACAGACCAGAAUUUCCAAGGAAAAAAGAACAAACGAAAAGGGAAAAAAUAAGACGGCGUUUUUUGUUGCGUGCACACUAAACUCUCCUGGCGAAAAGCUGUUCAAAUAAAUGGUAACACAUUACCCAACAUCUCUAUCCUACCUUGUUCUCAGAUGUUCUUGGAGUUCACUAGUUUUACACUUAUUUUAUUUUCUCCCUUGUACAUUAUUACCCAGCGGUAUUUUUGUGACUUCCCUUGUUCUUUCACUGGUUCACGUGAUAAUAUACUUCGCAUUUUAAUCAAACAUCUUUCAGACUUUCAGUUCGUGUCUUUGGGAAGCACAGUGUUAAAUUUUUACUACGCAUUUGUGACAUUCUUAUCA